CCAUCUCUCUUUUAUCAUAAACAUUUUCUCCUCAUCCUCUUCUCUCCUCCUGUUCGACUAUGAUUAACUAACCAUUACUGUUUAUCAUCUUCAAUUAUCCGUUGUCUCCCUGUUUGAUCAUCAUCCUCAUCCUCAUCAUCUUCAUCAUCGCAAUUAUCACCAGAGAACAACAAAAAACUAUUGCUACUGUCGAUAAAUUAAUCAGUGUGUUGAUCACUUUCUCUCUGGGAUCUAAAAUAUAAGAAGAAAAAAAAGUUUUCUCUCUUUAAAAAAAAAGAGAAGAAGAAAAAAAGAAAAACUUUUUUCUUCUUAUUUCAUCUUCCUAAAUACUAACCCGAUCUCUCUCUCUCCUGUGUAUCUUCAUCCAAUGAAACGGAUAAUCAGUUAAUCCUUUAUCAUCGUAAAUUAAUUAUUCUUUUUUUUCAACCAAUUUCUAAUUCUCUAAGUAAAUUGUUAUUAAUUUAAAAGUAAUUAAAUGUUACUCCAUCAUCUUUGGAUAUUUAAUAUUAUAUUUAUCAUCUCAUCAUGGUUACCCGGAACCAAUCCUUCAAUUUCAUCUUCAUCUUUAUCCUCAUCCCAUUCGUCAGCAUCAUCAUCAGUUAAUUUAGCCGGUGGAGACUCAUCAUCAUCAUCUUUAUCAUCAUUAUCUUCAUAUUUACCUUCAAUUAAAUCGUUAACAAGUUCAUUUCAAGUAUCUCAACCGAUACUUUAUCCAAUUCGAGAUGAUGUUGAUGAGAUUGGUGAAUUGAGUAAAAAUCAUCUCGAUGAAAUUAAUUUUCGUCGAACUCGGUUUACUCGAAGUUAUCGCAAUUUUGGCCUUCAUAGAGUCGAUUUUAAUAUCCCCUCGAAUUUUAUUCUCGGUGAAAAUACUACGGCACAAAUUGAAUCUGGCCCAUGGUCUCCGUGGUCUGAGCCAAGUAGAUGUUCCCGUCCUUGUGGAGGUGGAGUAAGAAGUCAAAAACGCUAUUGUACCGAUAUUGAUCUUAAUGGAAGGUCAAGUUGCGUUGGUCCAGAUACACGAUACUAUUCGUGUAAUAUUCAACCUUGUCAGGAAUUGAUUGAUUUUCGUGCUCAACAAUGUUCAAUGUUUAAUAAUCAAUCGAUUCCAUUGGCAACCGGAAAAUUGGAAAACAUUGAAUGGGAACCAUAUACAAGCCGAUCAACUGAUCGAAGGUCAGAUGACGAUCUUUGUACUUUAAAUUGUAAACCUAAAAAUGGAACUUGGUACACAAAAUUAAUGGAAAGAGUUAUUGAUGGGACAAGAUGCUUACGAGAAAUGGACUGGGUUUCGGGUGUUUGUGUGGCUGGAAAUUGUUUACCUGUGGGUUGUGAUGGUCUCUUGGGUUCACCUAAAGAGGAAGAUAAAUGUCGAGUUUGUGGUGGAGAGGGAAAAGAUUGUAAUACAGUUCGAGACACUUUUUCGGAAAAUUUACCCGCAGGCUAUCAAGAUAUUGUUCUUAUCCCUCGAGGAGCGACUUACAUUAGAAUCAACGAACUUGGACCAAGCCGUAAUUUCUUAGCUGUUCGUGAUUCAAGUGGACGAUAUUAUCUCAAUGGACAUUGGACAUUUGAAAUAACCUUUACGGACUUUGAAGCGGGUGGUACUCGCUUUGAAUAUGGUAAAAGACCAACCUCUUCACCUACUGGAGCCAUUGCGGAAAGUUUGUACGCUUUGGGGCCACUUCGAAGUCCAUUAUACAUUCAAAUGGUUUAUCAAGAGAGUACACCGGGAAUCGAGUAUGAGUAUUCAGUUCCUUCAGAUGUUCCAGUUCCGUCAAUUUGGGCUCCACCCGAUGCAUACCAAUAUAUGCUUGGACCUUAUGGCCCGUGUUCACGAUCUUGUGGUUCUGGUGUUCAAAUUAGGCCCGCUCGUUGUGUACGUCUAAAGACCGGUGAAUUUGUACCAAUCGAAUUUUGUAAACGGGAAAUUUUACCUCAGCUAAGUCGAUCUUGUAAUCAAGUUGAUUGUUUACCUGCUUAUCAUAAGGGUAAUUGGUCGGAAUGUAUUUGUCCUGGAAUUAAAACACGUGCUGUAUUUUGUGAAGAGAUUCGUGGUUCUGGUCAACGAUUGGUUCUUGAUGAUUCCGUUUGUGGUAAUGAACCAAGGCCAAGUACAGUUGCUUCUUGUCCACCAAAUGAUUGUUAUGAAUUAUCUGCUAUCGCUGGUAAUCAAACUGAUCCACCGAUUGAAUAUAAAUGGAACACAACUGAAUGGUCAAAAUGUUCCUCUCGUUGUGGUCAAGGUAAACACUCUCGUGAAGUUCAAUGUGUUAAUAUGAAUGGUACUCGAGUACAUGAUAGUCUGUGUCCACCCGAUAAAAGACCAGAAUCAGAAGGUGUUUGUGCUUCUAUCCCAUGUGAAGGUGGAGUCGAUUGGGUAACGUCCGAAUGGUCAAGUUGUGAUAUCCCUUGUGGUCCAUUGAUUUCAACAAGAAGUGUCCUUUGUGUUAGUAGUGAGGGAUCAGUUUACGAUGAAAGUGUUUGUGGACUUGAACGAAAACCAGCCGAUACUCGUAAUUGUACAAACAAUCCAGGCUGUAAUUACACUUGGUUUACCUCUGAUUGGACAUCGUGCUCAGCGUCAUGUGGACGUGGCCUUCAGACUCGUCAUGUUGUGUGCGGAUUAUUUGACGAUGAUUCAAUCAAAGUAGACGAAAGUAAAUGCGAAGGACAAAGUAAACCAAUAACGGUAAGAACAUGUCGAGCACCCGUUCAAUGUAAGGCCACACUUUACUAUGGCCCAUGGGGUCCAUGUCAAUGUGGUAAAGAAGAGAGGACAAUCCUUUGCUUAGAUCCAAACAAUUCAACUGCUAGUAAACUACCGCUGGCACAAUGUAACGCUACUACAUCGACCUCAACACCAACAUCAGCACCAACAACAGAGCAAGUAACAGUCAAUAAUAACGUCACUGAAAUUUUGUCAACCAAUGAAACAUUAACACUUAAUGAGACUCUUAGUGAAACCAAUGAGACAACCAAUGUUACCCAAUCAACACCAGCGGUACAAUUGACACAAUUAACAUUGUUAACAGUUAAUCGUACCUGUGAUUGGGUUAAACCAGGAGUAGUUGAAGAGCCAACAACGGAUGUUUCCGAUGUCCCACCAGAAUCGCCACCCGCUGCCAAUUCAAGUUCAACCGCUGCAAUCGAUUGUUGUUCCAGUCAAUUUGGUUGUUGUCCUGAUCAAGUAACACCUCGAAAAUUAGAUUUCUCAAAUUGUUACAAAGAAACUGAAGAAAACAAUAAAACCGAAAUAUCGAAUGUCGAGAUCAUAACAACAAUGUCCUCCAUUGAGGUUACUCGUGAUUCCAACGAUACGUCAACAGGCAAUACAACGGAAACGAUUAAAACUGACCAAUUACCACCGGCUGCUUGUUUGACCUCAACCUUUGGCUGUUGUUGGGAUGGAGCACGACCUGCUUAUGGACCUUUCAAGUUCGGGUGUCCAGUUAAUUGUAACUAUACUUUACAUGGUUGUUGUUUUGACAAUAAGACGCCGAAAACUAAUGAGACUGGGCUCAACUGUCCACCCAAAUGUUUGUCCGUUCCCUUUGGUUGUUGCGAUGACAAUAUAACCGAGGCGGGUGUUAAUCGUACCAAUUGUCCAAUCAAACCAACCCCUGGACCUGGAGAUACCGAUGAGGUUGAAGGUUCUGGUGCGGGUGAAAUUUGCCUUGAAGUUGAAGGAUCAGGCGACGGAGGUGAUUCAAGUAAUACUACGAUUAGCUCAUGUACAAAACCCUCCAAGGCUAAACCCAGUUCGGUAGCUUGUACCGAUGGACCAAAUAAUGGUACAGUUUGUUCACCAGUAACUAAGGAACCAACGACUCUGUGUAAUAGUACAACGUUCGGUUGUUGUCCCGAUGGGUUGAAUUCUCGAAAAUCGGAACUUGAUGAUUGUACUUGUUCGGGUUCAGAAUUUGGUUGCUGCCCUGAUAAUAAAACCCUUGCGACUGGACUUAACCAUGAGGGAUGUUCAUGUAAUACCUUUCCAUUCAAGUGUUGUCAAGAUGAUUACACUAAGGCCACUGGACCUGAGUACGAAGGUUGUGUUUGCUCAAGAAUGUUGUAUGGCUGCUGUGCUGAUGGUCUAACACCGGCUCGUGGACCAAAUCAAUUUGGUUGUGGCUGUAAUUCAACUCCAUUUGGAUGUUGCCCCGAUAAUCAAACGACAGCCGUUGGUCCUAAUUACUCUGGUUGCCCUUGUCGCACUUUACCCCAAGGGUGUUGUCCAGAUCAAAAGACACCAGCGAAAGGACCAAACAACGAAGGGUGUCCAUGUGAAACACUAACUCAUGGUUGUUGUUUCGAUGGUGUAACUCCAGCAACUGGACCAAAUUACGCUGGUUGUGAUUGUACUAAAGCCCCAUGGCAUUGUUGUCCUGACUAUACCACCGUUGCCCUUGGUCCCAACUUCGAGGGUUGUCCUGGUGGACCAAGUUUGGACAUUAAUCGAGCACCGGAAGCAUGUAAACUAACAAGGGAACGAGGUCCAUGUCGAAACUUCACAAUUAAAUGGUAUUAUGAUCAAUCUUAUGGAGGUUGUGUACGAUUCUGGUACGGUGGUUGUGAUGGUAAUGCCAAUAGAUUCCAAUCAGAAGAAGAGUGUGAAAAGAUUUGUGUUAAUCCGGAUGGUUAUUUACGAUGUGCGCUACCUGCGGUGUUUGGUGCCUGCGGAUUAAAUAUAACAAAGUAUCACUUUAAUCCGGAAACACGAUCAUGUGAAACUUUCCAAUAUUCGGGUUGUCUGGGUAACAAGAACAAUUUCAACACUCGAUCAGAGUGUGAAGCUUUUUGCCUUCACCCUGAGACCCUUGAUCGAUGUGACCAACCAAUGGAUCGUGGUCAUUGUACCCGAAAACAGUCUCGAUAUUAUUACAAUAAACAAGCCGAUUCAUGUCAAUCCUUUGACUGGGGUGGAUGUGGAGGUAAUCAAAACAAUUUCGGUACCAUUGAAGAUUGUCAAAGAAAAUGUGCCGUGGUGAAAAAAGAGGAACCGGAAACUUUAUGUUAUCUUCCUCGAUCGGAAGGUAAAUGUCUUGGUCGUUAUCCACGUUGGUUCUUUGACGCUGUUACCCAAGAGUGUCGGGAAUUUAUCUAUACGGGAUGUGAAGGUAAUCACAAUCGAUUUGUGUCCAAAACUGAUUGCGAGCAAAUGUGUAACUCAACUAAACGUCCAAUCAUUUCGAGACCUCAAUAUCCAGAACUACCUUACCCAUCGAUACCUUAUAAUCAACCCUCAGUACCAAUUAGUCAACCAAUUGUCGAUAUCUGUAAAUUACCAGUAUCAACUGGUAACGGUGAAUGUGAUGAACGAAUAACAAAAUGGUGGCAUAACGAUUUAUAUAAACGAUGUGUACCCUUUGAAUAUCGAGGUUGCGGUGGAAAUGAUAACAGUUUCAAUUCUCAGGAAGAGUGUGAAAAUCGCUGUGGAGUGACUGUAUCACAAUCUCAAUCAUUCUCACCCGUUCAGCCUUAUUAUCCAAUUCGACCUGGUCCACCUUUACCUACACCCGGAAUCGAUCAAUGUACAAUAGGUCAAGAUAGAGGUUUACCUUGUUCGGGAAAUCGAACGGUUGAACUUCGUUGGAGUUUUGAUCUGGAAACACAUUCAUGUGCUCGUUUCUAUUACUUGGGUUGCGGUGGUUCUGCCAACAAUUUCCGCUCUGAAAGUGAAUGUUUAUCCGCUUGUGGUCAUCAUAUAACUCGUGGAAUAGCCUCACAAUCCGUUUCACCUUCACCACCAUCUUACCCACCCCAAGUUAUCUCACCUCCAUCAACAUCAUCACCUUCACCCUCACUUUCAUCACCUUCAUCUAAUUGGCCUGAAACACCAAUGGAACGGCCUGUACAACCCCCAAGAACUUGGCCUGAUGUACCAAAUUACAAUCAAUAUCCAUCAAAUGAGAAAAAUGAAAAUUUCCCUCUUCUAUCGUGCAUCUUACCCAAAGAUCCCGGUUCCGGUUCAGACUCUUCGAUCACUUGGUAUUACGAUCCCAUGGACGGUGUUUGUAAGACCUUUUAUUACACCGGUUCCGGUGGAAAUGGUAACAGAUUCCCUUCUCGUAAGUGCGAAGUAAAGUGUUGGCCAGCUCAAGACAUUUGCCGAUUACCUCCCGUUCGAGGUCGAUGUGGUGGUAACUAUCUCGUCUAUUAUUACGCUCCAUCGAGUCGAGACUGUUUAUCAUUCGUGUACGGAGGUUGCGAGGGUAAUGCCAAUCGAUUUGAUUCAUUGGAAGAAUGUCGAACAAGGUGUCACACUUAACGAUAAAAUUAACUACAACAAUUAAAAGAAUUAAAUUAUUGUGCAUUUAAUAUGUAAAAUUAAAACG